AUGAUAGGUGUAGAAUCCCAAGCUCAGUUACCAGCAACCUUCAAUCAAGCUCAAGUUUUCUCAUCUGCAAGUAGCAUAAUUAUCAGUAGAAAAAUUAGUUACUCCAAUCGGAACAAGAAUCAGAAUCACAAUUUUUGCCGUUUCACGUUGAGACCUCAUUAUCCUUCAUUUUUUACAAGGAAAAAUUCUAAUCCUACUUCAUUUACAGCUUUUGUUAGUAAAUCUUCUCUCGACUCCUCGAAACCACCUCCCGACUCUAAACCAAAUCAGGAGGAGGAUGCUCAAAGAAAGGUUCCAGAUGUUCAAACGCUGGCGAGGAGGUUCUGGAAAGUGGCUGCUCCAUAUUGGUUCUCGGAUGACAAAACCCAGGCGAGAUGGCAGCUAGCUACUGUUUUUGCUCUUACUUUAGGAACGACUGGGAUUAGUGUUACCUUCAAUUUUCUUGGCCGUGACUUUUAUAAUGCCCUUGCCAACAAGGAUCAAGAACAGUUUACCACGCAACUGUUGUACUACCUUGCUGGUUUUGCUGGUGGAAUUCCGGUAUUUGUUCUGAGAGAUUAUGCAAAAGAUACUCUUUCUUUGCGAUGGAGAUCUUGGAUGACAAGCUAUUACAUGGAUCGCUAUCUAAAGAAUCGGACAUUUUACAAAAUACAAUCCCAAUCAAUUAUUGAUAACCCUGAUCAACGGAUUGUUGAUGAUUUAAGUUCCUUCACGGGAACGGCUCUUGCGUUUUCAUUGACACUCUUCAAUGCUACUGUGGACUUGAUAUCUUUCAGUAAUAUCUUAUAUGGUAUUUAUCCACCUCUUUUUAUUGUCCUUCUGGCAUACUCACUAGGUGGAACAGCUAUCAGUGUCUUCCUUGGGAGGGGAUUGGUGACUCUGAACUUCUUGCAAGAAAAAAAAGAAGCCGAUUUCCGUUAUGGACUAGUGCGUGUUAGGGAAAAUGCUGAAUCGAUUGCAUUUUACGGUGGUGAGGAAAAUGAGAUGCAACUCCUGCUGCAGCGUUUCAGAAGCGCAUUUGAAAAUCUCACCAAAUUGUUGAUAUCUUCCAGAAAUCUGGAGUUCUUCACCAGUGGCUACCGAUACUUGAUCCAGGUUCUUCCUGCUGCAGUUGUUGCACCCAUGUAUUUCUCCGGAAAAAUUGAAUUUGGAGUAAUCAAUCAGUCUGUAUCUGCUUUUAAUCACAUUCUCGGAGAUUUUUCUCUCAUCGUGUACCAAUUUCAGGCUAUUAGUGCAUUUUCUGCAGUCAUUGACCGACUAGGUGAAUUUGAUGAUGUAUUAAGUAGUGACACCAGAAAUGAUGGCGAAUCCAUGGAAGAAAUUGAGCGUGAUUACUGCAGUACAAACAGUUUUAGUGCAUUGAAGUCUAAUGGAUCUGUGCCCCUUGCUGGAAGUGUGAAAUUACUAAAUAUUGAGCAUUUGACUCUAUUAACUCCAAGCAAGGCAACUCUUAUCAGGGACUUGUCAUUGGAGAUUUCUGAGAAGGAGAACCUCCUGGUUACAGGGCCAAGUGGAAGUGGUAAGACUUCAUUAUUGAGAGCCAUAGCUGGCCUCUGGAAUUUUGGACAGGGAACAAUCACAUUCUACGACAAAAAUGCAAGGAGUCCUGAGCCAUGUGUUUCCACAGGCAUGGCUUCUGGUGAAGUAACUUCUGCAAGUGAGACCAGUCCAGAUCACAAUAGACAGAGAGAGAGAAAUUCGAGUGUACUUUUCCUUCCUCAAAAACCAUACAUGGUUUUAGGGACUCUUCGUCAACAAUUGCUUUAUCCUUACUGGAGUGAAGAUCCGACUUUCGUGUCAGAUAGUAAUAAACCAACUGGGUCACUGCCUUUUCUGAUGCCUGAACCAAUUAAAGCACACACGGAUACAAGGCCAUCGAAGCCAACAACUAAUGAUUUAACUCAAGUCCUGGAAGACGUUCGACUUGGCUAUAUAUUAUCACGUUUUGAUCUGGAUUCUACGUAUGAAUGGUCUAGUGUUCUUUCCCUUGGUGAGCAGCAACGUCUAGCAUUUGCACGUUUAUUGCUUUCUAAACCAAACUUGGUUCUGUUGGAUGAAUCUACCAGUGCUUUAGAUGAAGCCAAUGAGGCACAUUUGUAUAAGCUAAUUGAAUUUGCGGGGAUUACGUACAUAAGUAUUGGCCAUCGAAGAACCCUCUAUGAAUAUCAUAAGAAAGUCUUACAUAUAUCUACAAUGGACCCAACCACUUUGCAGCGCAAUUGGAACAUCGAGCCCAUCAAUAGGGACUUCACUUACAAUCUAUCUAAGCAGUAG